AUGUACCGCGCGCCCGGCACCCAAUUUCGCGGAAUCUUCGCGCCUGGGAGCGUGGAACCCCCUGGUGGGGCGCGGCCUCGGGCCGCAAAGCGCGCCGAGUCUCGCCUCCGCAAAUCCGCGCAGGGGGUCGUCGGGCGUGGUGGGGCGGGGCAGAUGGCGGAGGCGCUGGCGCGGGGACUGAGCUCGGUGGGCGUGGUGGACUAUGCUGACAUGGCAGCUGCUGACGUCAACAGUGACAGGCUGGCGGUGUUCCAGGGCAUAGGCAUCGACACCAAGGAGAAUGCCAGGGAGGUGGCGGCCAGCAGUGACGUCAUCUUCAUUGCAGUCAAGCCGUUUGCCGUGCAGCCGGUUCUCGCUGACCUGGCGGCCUCGGGCGCGCUGACGGAGCGCCAUCUCAUCGUGUCGAUCGCUGCGGGCGUGCCACUUGGCAAGAUGCAGCAGUGGGCAGGGGAGGGCGUGCGGAUCGUGCGAGUCAUGCCAAAUACCCCCUGCCUAGUCGGCGCCACUGCUGCUGCCAUGAGUUUGGGGGAGAGCGCAACAGAGGAGGAUGCGGAGCUAGUGAAGGCCAUGUUCGGCGCCGUGGGGGAGGUCUAUGAGGUGGAGGAGCGCCUGCUCGAUGCCGUUACUGGGCUCAGUGGCAGCGGGCCAGCAUAUGUGUUUGUGGCCAUAGAGGCGCUGGCCGAUGGGGGUACAGCAGCAGGCCUUCCCCGCAAAGUGGCCCUCUCCCUCGCUGCUCAGACGGUGUAUGGAGCAGCUAAGAUGGUAAUAGACACACAGAAGCACCCGGGCGUACUUAAAGACUCCGUCGCAUCACCAGCAGGCACCACCAUUGCUGGUUUGCACGAGCUAGAGAGGGGCGGGUUCCGAUCGCUGCUCAUGAAUGCCGUGGUGGCAGCAGCCAAUCGCAGCAAAGAGCUGUCCAACUGA